UGCGUCCUUUGAAAUAAUUUUUACUAACUUUCUUCAUGCCAGAAAAAAUGCUAUGACCAGUUUUUCUUCUACUUCAACUUUAUGCACGUACCCUGUCUGAAGAUUGUUUUACGUAAGACUAUGGGAAUAUUGAUUUUGGUGGGAAUUGUUAUUGCUCCACUCCCUCAGAUCUGGAAAGUUCUUUGGUCUGGAAGUUCUAAUGGACUGUGUCUGACCUCGAUUUUUCUGGAGCUGUUGGCCAUCUCUACACAUGCAGCUUUCUGCUACACUCAGAACUUUCCCAUUGGUGCCUGGGGGGAAAGUUUGUUUGCAUUGAUCCAGAUUGCUGUCCUGACUUUGCUUGUCCAGCACUACCGAGGGAAACCCAUAAAAGGUAUAUAUUUUCUUGCUGUAUACUGUGGCUUUAUGUUCCUCCUGGCCUCACCUUUGACUCCUGUGUCAGUGGUUUGGACACUGUAUGAGUGGAACGUGCUGUUGGUUAUUGCUGGCAGGUUUUUCCAGGCAGGAAGUAACUUCAGGUGGGGACACACAGGACAGUUGUCUGCGCUCUCUGUUUUCCUGAACUUUCUUGGCUCUCUGGGACGCAUCUUCAGUUCCCUGCAGGACACAGGCCUUUCUCUCUUAACUCAGAUGUAUGUGGUGGCCUGCUGUUGCAGUGGGGUGAUACUAGCACAGGUCCUGAUGUACUGGAAUAAAUGCGUGACAAACAGCCAGAAAGAAGGACAAGAGGAGAAAGACAAGGCUGAAUGAAAGAGAUACCGUUUUGCUUUCUUGGAUUUACACUUCAGAAUGUGUGUGCACUCCCGGAAAAGAGGUUGUGAAUCAUUAAAUGUCUCAUGAAAUGUUUGUAAUUUCUCUUUUCAGUCCUAAGAUGUGAUUUAAUUUCUUUCUAUUUUUUUAUGCCAUACA